GUUACUGCAAUAAAAAAAGUGGGGUCCACGCGUCAACGCAUCAGCCAUCACCUCCGUAACUCAGUUGUCUUCCUCUGCAGCUGUUUUCCCAUAUCUUCUGCAUGGACUCCCAUGGCUACUCCUUCCCCUUCCUCUCUCUGAAGAUCCUCAUACUUGUAAAUUGUAUAGAUGCAGACCCAUAUAUCCCUAUGUCCCUUUCUCCCCUCCACGCCCUUCACCGUGAAUCCACUCUUUUUGUACUGGGCUCUCCACUAAGAUCCAAGAUCUUAACCAGUUCUACUUUUGUUGAAACCAGUUCCAUCCUUCAGAUACCUGGGAAUCUUGAAGAUUUUUUUAUUUGUUACAUAAAUAAUUGAUUGAGCUGUGAAUAGUUGAGCUGUGGUGGAUCGUUCAAUGGGGACUGCUAAUUCUAGGAUUGAAGAAGAUAAAGCCUUACAGAUUUGCCGGGAUAGGAAAAAGAUUGUUAGACAAGCACUUGAUGGGAGGUGUUCUUUGGCAGCAACUCAUGUUGCUUAUAUAGAGGCAUUGAAAAUGGCUGGAAGGGCUUUGAGGAAUUUCGUUGAGUCCGAAGCUCCAAUAGAUUCUUCAAUCUAUACCCAAUCUGAAAGAUCUCUUUCGCAAUUCUCAUUCUCUUCAGUGCCUAAAUCACAGCACGUUGAUGUCUUUCCGUCCCCUUCGCCUCCAACCUCUUCAAGGUACAAUGCAAAUCACAUGAAAUUUAGAGGCACCUUUUCAAAGGAAGUUGAGGAGAAACCCGAUGUUUCGGUCACUGUCUCGGUUACAUCAUUCACUCCUCACAACUCCUUACUUUUGGAUACCCCUCCCACCUCCUAUGAAACCCCUUCAGCCGCUAAUGAAACCCCUCCUUGGGAUUUUUUUGGUCUCGUCCACACAUCUCGUGGAACUCUUGGUGGGCAGAGUAAGGCAGAGGACGAUAGAGGUUCUCUAUCAGAAGAUGGACAGUACAGCAACGGUUCAUCCCCGGAAAGAGAAUCAUCACAUGAAUCUAAUGAUGGAUUUGAUGAUCCAUCUACAGAGACGCUGGUUCAGAGGUUUGUUAAUGUUAACAGGAGUAAGGAGGAUGCCUCUGCUGAUGAGUCUGUGAUGUUGGAGGCAAAGGCUAUGGUUGGGGAGAAAGGCGAUUCCCCUGCUGAUUUGUCACCGUUGAGACCUGAGUUUUCAGGAGUUGCCACUGCUGUUAAAGAUGACGAAAAGACACCACUGAAAGAAACCAAUGUUGAGCAUAAGGUUGCACCUAAGGAUUUGCUUUCUAGCAUGCGAGAUAUUGAGCUUCUCUUCAUAAAAGCAUCAGAAUCAGGAAGGGAAGUUCCAUUGAUGCUGGAAGCAAAUAAAUUUAAUUUUCGCCCUAUUGGUCCUAGUUCUGGAAGAUAUGAAGCCUCUUUUCAUUAACGCUUUGUUUUUAAAAAUACUUUUCAUGUAUGAACCAUGGGUUAUGUAUGUUGAUGGUGUUACGGUUGAACUGUGAAUCUAAGUUAUUAGAGGGGAUGCAUAAUUUGCCAAUUGUUUUAAGCUUCUACUCCGUAUCUUCUAAGAAUCUGAAGUUUGUUACAAACUUGAUAUUACUUUGAUUGGAAUAUCUGCCUUCUGUAGGAGGUUCGAUUGCCAAGACACUGUUAAGAUCUUGUUUCUCUUGCGGUACGGAUCCAAGCCAAGCUCCAGUAGGUGCUGUCUUAACUUUCUAGUAUGCGGAGGAUUUGGUUGGGCUUUGCACUAUAAAGUCCUUCCUAAGGAGGCACAAAAUGGUGUACAUUUUACAACCAGUAGUGAAAUAAGUUUCUGUUAUCCCC